AAAGCACCAAAGCCAGCUUAACCAACUUGUAAAAGUUGGAUUUACUACUUCUAUACCAUUUUAGUGUUGCAGGGUUUUUCAAUGCAGACCCGUCUUGCUUUCCAAAGGGCCCUUCUGGGUCUCUGGUUGUGCUUGUUUGCUGUAAGCUUCUGCUACAGCAAUGCAGAGACUAUUGAGGAAGCUGGAGAACAAGCACUAGACAAAGCUUAUUCAGAGCUGCAAACAGAGGCUGCAGAGCUCAAUGAAGAAGGGAAGUUUGUCUUUAAGAAACACCCUCUACCUAAGAUUCCAAUUGUAAAGAAGCCAUUUCCACCAAAGCCCUUCUUCAAGAAGCCACUUCCACCACCAGUUCCAAUCUUCAAGAAGCCACUCCCUCCACCUGUUCCAGUCUUCAAGAUUCCACCCUUCAAGAAGCCGGGUCAUCCGCCGAUACCAGUUGUGGAAGGAAAACCAUUUGUAAAGAAGCCAUUUUCUCAUCCCCUUCCAAAAUUCAAGAAGCCAUCUCUACCUCCUGUUCCAAUCUAUAAGAAGCCACUUCCUCCACCAAUUCCCGUAUACAAGAAACCAUUUCCCCAUCCUAUUUUCAAGAAGCCACUUCCUCCACCCAUUCCAACAUUUCCUCCACAUCCUUUCCUUGGGAAGCCACUCCCUCCUCUGGUUCCCUAAAGCUAGCCUAGUGUUCUUUCACCUAAGCCCAUAUUGUUAAGGGAUGAAAGCAUAGAAGUUAUGCAUUGGUUAGAAUGAAUUACUACAUGGAGAGAGAAAGAGACACACAGAGAGAGAGAGAGAGAGAGAAGAAAGAUGACAACGGAAGAAGAGACUGUUCUUAGAAGUUGGAACUUUACUAUCAACUUUUGCAUUGUAAUA